AAACCUGGUGUUCGUCAUUUGUCGAUGUCAGCGAAUCAAUAUGAUAGUUUAUACCAGUAUUUCAGCUCAUGAUAACAUUGGCUACAUCAUCAUUUCGUUCCUAAAUCCUAGCAAUUUAUCAGAGUCUACUAUUUACACGGGGUGUCAGACGCGAAAAGUCACGGCGUGAAAUCUAUACAGUGAAUUUGAAGUCUCUUUCCUGAAAUAAUUGGAAUUUUGGCCAGCGGCCUCUAUCUUCCCGCGCAAACUACGGAAAGUCAGCUAACGCAAAUCUUUUAGUGGAGAACAAGGGGUGCUUAGUUCAUUUAUACAAAGAGUAACACUCGGGAAAUUAGAUUGCCGCCCAUGUGCCGGUCUUAGAUCUUUUGGCCGAUAUUGUUGAACAAGUCAGAGAAUUAGAAUUGCUAUCGACUAGACUCCUUGGUCGCUAACAGCAUAAUCGUAUCCCUGUGUCAGAAGCUGGCGUCUAUAUAACCACGCUAAACAGUCUGCUAAGUUUAUUGAUACUCUCUAUCGCCAGUGAAACCAGAGAAAGUCGAGUUGUGUGGCGACGUUAGCUCCAUCUAUCCUGACAGAUGUGAUAUAAUGUUAACACACGAUGGAACAUAGAUGCUAACUGAUCGAAGCUCCCGGUUUCUAAGACGAGUGUGAAUUGGCGGGCCAGUUGUCAUUUGUAAACUGAACUUGUGAUUUUUUUUCGUACAUGAUCAUGACAACUCUUCGCGAAAGGGGUAUUGCCAUGAAUAGGAAGGUAACGUUGUGUCUGUGUUAUUGUUUAUUAACUUUACCUGGAAUAUUGUCUACUGGUCUACUGUGUGAUCCACCAUCGAAUACUACAGUAUGGUCACAGUCACCAGAAAAUAUUGAAGUAACGGUUGAAUGGGGAUAUGGACAGUUAACUUGUCAUUCACAGAAUACGUGCUAUGGUAGUGAAUAUGUUCCUGAUAUUAAGAUUGAUCCGCAGUUAAUGCCAGUAGAAAUUCAGCAUAAAACUGUUCUUAAAUUUAAACCCAGCACUAAUAUGCAGAUAGAUUUCCCGAUAUUACCAUAUAAAGUGGAUGAGCAAGGUUUUUUGAAUUGUGAUAGGAAGGGUGGAUUUCCGAUCGUUAAGAAUGAAACGAACCAGACUAUAACCAUUUCUCCAGAUAUUUUAGACAUUGGUUCAAACUAUUUUAUAGUUGAUUUAGAAGACCAUAAACUGGUGAGCUGUGAAUUUGGACUAAGAUUGAAUGUAACGGUAAAAGAGCAGCAUUGUUGGAAAGAUGGCGACAGAUGUAGCGGAAGAGGAAACUGUGUAUCUAAACGAGGCCAAUCAGAGUAUACGUGUAAUUGCUGUGAUAUGUUUAAUGGAAAAUACUGUGACACGUUUGAUGCCUGUCUCGGUGAGCCAUGUCAAAAUGGAGCACAGUGUCAACAUAAAAAAGAUUCUGAAAGUGGAUUUACUUGUAAAUGUAGACUGGGAUAUCACGGAGCAGUUUGUAGUGAAAGGGUAGAGAACUUAUGCGUAUUAGAUCUAUGUAUGAACAAUGGAUCUUGUGUUGGGAAUAAAACCCACUUCCAAUGUUUAUGUCCUCCAGGAUUUACAGGUUCACACUGUGAGGUUAACAUCAAUGAGUGCCAACCUAAGCCAUGUAUACAUGGUGUUUGUGUCGACUUCAUCGACAAAUACCAAUGCUUUUGUCUGCCAGGUUACUAUGGGGGAACGUGUAAUAUGGAAUAUGAUCUGUGUAACACUUCACCGUGUAAGAACCAUGGGAUAUGCAUAAUGGAGGUAGAUUCUUACAGGUGUCACUGUCAUCCAGGACAUACUGGACCAAACUGCACGAAAAAUGUUGAUUUGUGUACACCUAAUCCAUGUUAUAACAAGAGUCGGUGCAGUUCAAGUCAUAACGUCACAUGUCAUUGUUCUCCAGGAUAUACUGGUACGAGAUGCGAGAUAAACCUAAAUGAAUGUGAAUCCAAUCCGUGUUUAAAUGGUGGUACGUGUAAGGAUCGUGUUGAUGGUUAUGCUUGUUUGUGUCAUGAACUCCAUGCUGGACCUAACUGUGAAUACACAAUUGAUAUGUUUGCUCCAUUUCUUCAAGGCAAAACAACUGACAUGUCCGGAAACGUUCGCAGCUAUCAUGUAGAGAAUCUGUACAUUGUUGCUGGAACCCUAUCUGGUGCCAUCUUAAUAGUUAUCAUUGUGUUGACCACUUGUUAUUGUCGUAUGCAUGAAACGUACAAAAACUGCAGCUUGAAGAGAAUGAAAUACUCAAGACAAAAAGAUGAGCCAAGAGAGACGUCUGUUGAUGUAAGCAGUGUUGCCACUCCGAGACUCUCUAUUGACGCAAUUUGGGAAGCGACCAGUCUCAACUAUGAUAUCAAUCAACUUAACUCUCCUCUCCGACAGUCUCUAAAACCCAAGAAUAUCUAAAAACGUCGAGAAUCUCUAAAAAAAAAAACCCUCGAUAAUCUAUAAAACGUAGAGCAUCUCUAAAGCCCAUAAAUAUCUAAAAACCUCGUCAAUCUCUAAAACCCAUGAAUAUCUGAAAACCUCGAUAAUCUCUAAAACCCACGAAUAUCUAAAAACGUCGAGAAUCUAUAAAACCAAUGAAUAUUUAAAAGCCUCGGCAUUCUCUACAUCCAAAGAAUAUCUAAAAACAACCCUCGACAAUCUUUAAAUAAAACUCAAGAAUAUCUCAAAACAUCGAGAAUCUGUAAAACCCAUGAAUAUCUAAAAACCUCGACAAUCUCUUAAAACCAAGAUUUAUAGAAUCAAAACAAACACUCAAAGUUAUGUCCCAUUUUAUGAUAGACUUUUCUACACAUGUUUAAAUAUAGUUAGUUCAGUGUUUUAAUCAAAUUUAGUUAUAACCAACCCCAUGAACUUUUUAACAUUCCCUAAACAACUGGAAUAUGAUUCAGUAUUAUAUCUAGCAAAUGAUUCAGUGCAUUGCUAGCCAAUGAUUCAGUGCAUUUCUAGCAUAUGAUUCAAUUAUAACUAGCAUAUGAUUCAGUGCAUUGCUAGCAUAUGGUUCAAACUCUACCUAGCAUAUGGUUCCCUAUUUAUCUGGCAUGGGGUUGAAAAUAUAUCUAGUAUAUGGUUCAGUAUUUAUCUAGCAUAUGGUUCAAAAUAUAUCUAGUAUAUGGUUCAGUAUUUAUCUAGCAUAUGGUUCAAAAUAUAUCUACUAUAUGGUUCAGUGCGGAAGGUCAGUAUAUAUUUCAGUGGCAGUAGUAGCAGGACCAGACUAAGCUAUAGUGUAGUGUGGAGUCUGUAACCAACGGGCGUAAACACAAACUCUUUCUGUCCAACGUUGAAUAAAAUAUUCCGAUAUUUUAGCUCCGGUUUAUAAUUAAAUAUCCAUUCGAAAUAAAUAACAGAAAAAGAAUUGUUUACACAUCGAGAUGCUUUAGUUUUAUUGCAUGAAAUAUAUACCAUACUGUUCUAUAAAUAUCUUGGCAAAUAUGGCAAUCCAUUAACUAAAGUGGUUUAUUACAGAAAUGGUGUAAUGUGUACAUGUAUUGGUUGGAACAUUCUUUCUGCCAGUUUUAAAAUGAGAUUGUAGUUAUCUGGUGAAUGUUAGUUUUUUUAAUAUAGUCCACUGGAAGUAAAAUAUUGAGUCCAACACACAGAAACGAAUAGAUUAUGAAUAGGGCGUGACACAGUGGCACAACAUCAAAACAAAUCUAGAAUGACCUAUAAAUCAAUUGUUUUCUUAACCAUAUUCGUUCCAAAUAUACGAAAUUCGAAAGCCCGAUAAACUGCACUACAUAGAUAACAUCGUGGAUGGGGGGGGGCGCUAAAAUAUAGUUGGCCGCGAUAGACAAGGGACGAUGUUCCUUUGGCAGCUUUAUAGACAAAACACACAUGUAAAAGAAUUUAUAUGGUGCUUUGUUGCCAAGUGCGAGACCAUCUACGAUUAUAUCACCUUCCCAUGGAUUACUGUGAUUAUUGUGUGAUUAACAAUCAAUGGAAUCGGUCUAAAAUUUACAUCCAUUGAUCUUUGAUGGCUCGUAUAAUGAAUGCAUUGGCUAAGAUUACUGAAAUAUUUACUGAAUAUUAUACCUGUAAAUAGUUUUUCUGUAAAUUUAUAUUGUUACCUUUUAUGCUUACGUCUAUGUAAAUAACAGGAUAGUUAUCAACUGUAAUAAUACUAGUAUUUUAAAUCAGAGUUUCUGUCGUGUAUUCCAUCUGUAUAUAAAUUAUAUAUACCAUAAUAUAAUCAUUUGAUAUUCGCGAAUUUUACAAUCUAAAUGAUAAUGGGUGAGAAAAAGCAAUAAUGUUUAUUACACUUCAACCAGAAAAUAUUAGAAAUAAACCAUUGUAAAAUACAUUAUAAUGAACCGUUAAGAAACAUAACGUAAACAAACCAAAAUAUUGUUAUCUUUUCUGGUGUCUAUUUUGGUUGUGGGCUUUUCGUGUAUGUACCAGCGUCUUCCACUGAACGAUAAGAUUGGUAUAUCGGAGUAAAUAGGAAAAAAUAUAUUACAAGUUUAAAGAUGCAUUAUGUAAGAUUUAGAAAAAGAACAGGUCGUUCUAUAAUAGUUCAAAAAUAGAAUAUAUUUAAAAUUUUAAUCAUAUAACUUUAUUUAUUCUGAAGCGGGGUGGGAGGGGUAUGAAUGUUUGAACUUUUUACAAGAUUUAGCCUAAAUAAUUUCGAUUGUUGAGUACCGUUGCAACGACAAUAAACGAAGUCUCGAUUGUCAAUGUUAACCGAUUAUCUGGCGCGAAACCAUUUGACAGAGGGUUGAUUACGGGCUUGCCUUGUGAAUAAAUGUCUAAAUUUAUAAUGACCUGCAAUAGACAGAUUAAACUAUUACAUAAUGAAUAUUUAAUUUCAGUGACUAAUUGGUCCAUGUGUAGUAUUCAAUAUUUAAUUUAUUUUGCUGGAUGUAAGUAAAAUGCGCAGGUUAUUCCUACUUUAAUUAUUCAUGGUGUAUGUGACACAAAUUUGAUAAUAUAUGUUCUUAAUAUUAUCGUUCAUUCAUAAUUUUGUAAAGGGUUUAAUUUGGGUUAUUUUUUAUUUUAAUCCUCUGUGGUACAAUAUGUCAUCAAAUUAUUAUAGUGACAACAAUAAUUAAGGCGCUGGCGAAGUUUUCACGAUCUCAUUAAAAGCUUAAUAAUAUCGCAGAACACUCUGCCCAAGGUGUAGAUCCGUAAGCUUACCCUACCUCCAUGUCCAUUCACUGGCAACUUGAUCACACAAUCAAACUUUCAAACUUCUUAUUUAUAAUUUACUAAUUGUUUUAUUUAUAUAUUUACGUAUUUAUUAUUCCUUUCUUUUAAUUGUUUUUUCUGUAACUUGUAAAAUAUUUUGCACAAUAUAGUUGGCUUUCAUUCAAUUCCGUAUGAUGUCGAAUACUGUUAUAUCUAUAUUGAAGAAGAAAAAUCAAAGGAUAAAAUAAUGUAUAUAUAAUAGUUAAUGUAUAUAGAGAUCUAUACUAACAGUAAGUAUUAUAACUCCGAUUGCGAACCCACAGCUACCAGCUGUAUUGUAUACUGUGCUAUUUACAGGAACAGAUGACAUGAAAUCCAUUCCAUUUCAAAUGUCCUAUAUGAGAUUACACGAUUCAUCGUAUUUUGCCCUUCUGUAUCAUUGUUAGUGAAUAUAUUUAUGUGCUAUAACACGAUUCUCCAUUAAAAUUAUAUGUUAGUAAAUUAUUUAUUUUUAUUUAUAUGUUUUGAUCUCAUUCUAAUAAUAAAUAUAUCUAAGGAAAACA